AUGGAUGAGGACCCAAACCAUCUCUCAAGUGCUAAGUCAGAGACCAAGGACUUUGCUCUCUCACAAUACCAAAUGCUUCGUUAUGAAGUUUCUUCACUGUCUAGUAUUAUCUUAACAGGUGGAAGGGCCGAAAUUUUUGGGACUGAAUUAGUAAUAGGUUGCGAGCUUCCAUUACAUGCCGGUGAACGGGGAACAGUGGUAACAUUUCAUGGCUGCAAGAUAAGCGUUAAAGGACGCGGAAUUGCAACAUUUCUUACAACUGCAUCAGAAGAUCAGGAAAUUGUUCAUGUUUACAUGAAUAUACAUGCGAAUCUAGAGAAGUCCCGCGAACAAGCUAUUAAGGAGCAGUCUAGGGGUCCUAGAGUUUUGAUUUGUGGUCAAGAAAGUGUUGGAAAAUCAACUCUUUGCCGGACUUUGGUUAAUUAUGCUGCACGAAGAGGACAUAAGCCCGUACUUGUUGAUGCUAACGUGGGAUUGAGUCAAGUUAGUAUAAUAUUUAAUUAUCAUCUCAAGGUGUGUAUACCAACUACGAUUUCCGCUCUUGCUGUUACAAAACCCUACGAUUUGCUCGAUGGCUGGGAUCUGGAGGAGGAUCCUCUUGUAUUUAGUUUUGGGUAUGUGGAUCCGGCGAGAAAUUUGAAUUUGUUUCGGGAACAGAUAACCCAAUUAGCCGAACUGGUUAACAUUCGAUCGGAAAAUGAUAUGGUGAUUUUUAACAGUGGAUGUGUGAUUAAUAUGUGUGGUAUACGUAAAAAUGAUUCGGAUGAUGGCGAAUCUGAACAGAAAGGUACACAGGCUAUCAGAACAACUGCAGCAGCUUUUGAGGUUGAUACCGUUCUUGUAAUCGAAGAUGGUUUUCUUUCUUCCUUUCUCCGUGCUGAUCUGCCUACGGAAGUUACCAUUGUUCGGUUGCCAAAGUCAUCAGGCGUAGUAACUAGGUCACCUGAUCAAUGGACUCGUCAAAGAGACCUUCGAGUGUGCAACUAUUUUCAUGGAUCUGGUCUUAUGCGUCGCCUCCAACCACACCACUUAGUUUUGCAGUCUAGUGAGGUAUUAUAA